UCAAUCAUCAAGGGCAAUCUUCAACUGUCAAUGCUGCUCCAGGGCAAAACGCACUACUCACGGGCAACUGCUUGCUCGGAGAUUCCAAGCUCCCGAGCCAGCCCCGUAGCCAGGCGCGGCCCCUGCUCAACAUCGCGCGCCACCGUAACUAUGGCUUCCGCUACCGUGGGCGGCGCCCCACGGUCCUCAGUGAACUUGCUGGUUGUGUCGGGGCCCGACUCACCUGAGCUGUCGGUGCUGCAGCGGCUGCCGGCGGGCGUCCAGGUGGUGGCUACCGGCCAGACGCCGGAGGAUUUCGCACACCUGAGCGCCGAGCAGUGCGCGAGCGUGGACGUGCUGCUCAAUUGCGGAGUGGGCAAGAACGCGGGCAAGCGCGACGACAUCCGGGCUCUGUGGCCGCGGCUCACCAACCUAAACUGGAUGCACAGUGCAUCUGCGGGGUUGGAACAUCUGCUGUUUCCGGAGCUGGUGGAGGGGCCCGUCACGCUGACCAACGCCAAGGGCGUGUACAGUCACAGCCUGGCCGAGUACUGCCUCACCGCCUGCAACUGGUUCGCGAAGGACCUGCCGCGACUUCGCCGGCAGCAGGCGGCGGGCAAGUGGGAGCCGUACGAUGUGGAGGAGCUGCGCGGGAAGACGCUUGGGGUGAUCGGGUACGGCGACAUCGGGCAGGCGUGUGCGCGCCUGGCCAAGGCGUUCCGCAUGCGGGUGGUGGCGCUGCGGCGGCGUACGGAGCUGUCCGCGGAGGAACAGGCGGCGGGCAUUGUGGAGAGGAUGUACUCGCCGGACCAGCUGCAGGAGCUCAUGGCCGCGUCCGACUAUGUGGUGAUGGCCACGCCACACACACCCGCCACUGACAAAAUGGUGGGCGCUGCUGCCAUCGCGGCCAUGCGGCCACACAGUGUCUUUAUCAACCUGGGCCGCGGCAAGUGCGUUGACGAGAAGGCGCUCAUAGCGGCCCUUCAGGAGGGCCGCAUCCGCGGCGCGGCGCUGGACGUGUUUGAGACGGAGCCUCUGCCGGCCGACUCGCCGCUGUGGGGGCUGGACAACGUCCUGAUGUCGCCACACUGCGCGGACCGGACCAAGGAGUUCCAGUUUGAGAGCCUGGACUUCUUCAUCGAGAACAUGGGCCGCUUCCUGGCGGGGCAGCCGCUGGCCAACGUGUGCGACAAGCGGAACGGCUACUGAACGGCUGCUGAACGCGCCAAACACGGCAAACUGCCUCCUAGCUACUCAGUAGGAGGCUGUUCAGCAAAAGGGUUAAGCAACCUGUGAGCGGGCCGCUAGCUUGAGGCCUCAGGCACCAAGGGGCUCCUGGGGAUUGGCGAGGUGGCGGUGCCGGUACUGCAGACGGUGUGGUGGUGCUGGCGGCUGUGCAACGCAUGGUUGUCCGAGUUACGAGUUCGUAGGGUGAGGAUGUGCAGGCGUCACGCUUGUGCGGUGUGCAAGAAGGGGAUUGCUGGAAUCAUGCAUGGACGCGGCCAUGGUGAAAUGCGCGUUACGGCUUGGUUACCAAGCCAGCGCACUGUGUCUAUGGUACUGUUCCGACUCGGGGCACCCGGGCGAGGUGCUGCUGCCAACGACAACGCGUUCCCACAUGAGCAACAUGAUGUGUUUGGUUCACGCCAUGUAUAGGCGAUAACCGGAACUUUGUAAGCAAGAGGGCUAACGCAGUAGCGCUUGACCAAACCCAAAGCAAGUAAGUCUAUUGAGGAGUGUUGCGGAACUAAUGCUCACGACCAGAGCGGAAGGCGGAGUGGGCUUGCAGGCGGCACGAGAGUAGGCAGUCAGUAGCGCAAGUUGCGAAUUCACAUGUUACCUCGUAACCGACGGUAAACGCUGUGGACGGUCGCGCCCAUGGCUGGCUGACGGAAGGCGGCUGCUGUAUUGGGAUGGCUGGGCUGGACGACGGCGGCCGGGCUGGCGUUGCUUGGGACUACCAGAAAGGAUGCGCCCGAAACCAACCUGGAGAA